CGUUUGAGCUCGGCCCGUGCUAUGCUGCGUUCUUGGUGUCUUCUUCCUUAGUAUUUGCAAAUGAAAAUGGAGGAAAUGACUUUGUCUGGCCUGGAUAACAGCAAGUUGGAGGCUGUGGCUCAUGAUAUAUAUACUGACUUGGUGGAAGACGCCUGCCUGGGCUUGUGCUUCGAGGUGCACCGGGCAGUCAAGUGUGGCUACUUCUUUCUGGAUGAGACGGACCCUGACAGCAUGAAGGACUUUGAAAUUGUGGAUCAGCCAGGGCUGGAUAUCUUCGGCCAGGUGUACAACCAGUGGAAGAACAAGGAAUGUGUUUGCCCGAACUGCAGCCGAAGCAUCGCUGCUUCGCGCUUCGCCCCACACUUGGAGAAGUGCCUCGGCAUGGGCCGGAACAGCAGCCGCAUCGCCAAUCGCAGGUGA